CCCAGAGUUCCACAUGUUGCUCUCCCAAUGUGAGCAAGCCCUGGUGGCAGCUGCCAGGGUCCAGUACAGCCCCUCCCCCCAGCAUGCUGGGGGCUAAUUCUGAUGUCAUCUUUCUGCAGAAAACCAUUAGCCCAUCCCUCCAGACUGCCACCCUCAAAGCCGUCUGCCCAGGCCCCAUCUGACACUCUUGACAUCUGCAGGUCCCAGACCCUACGAUGUGUCCACUCUGGAGGCUCCUCAUCCUCCUCGGGUUGCUGGCCUUGCCCUUGGCACCACACAAGCAGCCUUGGCCUGGCCUGGCCCAAGCCCACAGAGACAACAAAUCCACCCUGGCAAGAAGUAAGCUAAGCCCCGGGCUCUGCCUGCUGCCCACAGGGCUGGGGAGGUGGGAAGGCGCCAUCUGGGCUCCACUGCUAACCCGCUGGGUGACUUCAGUUAUUGCUCAGGGCCUCAUAAAGCACAACGCAGAAAGCCGAAUUCAGAACAUCCACUUUGGGGACAGACUGAAUACCUCAGCACAAGUGGCCUCAGGGCUGGUGGGCUGGCUAAUCAGCGGCAGGAAACACCAGCAGCAGCAAGAGAGCAGCAUCAACAUCACCAACAUUCAGCUGGACUGUGGUGGGAUCCAGAUGUCAUUCCAUAAGGAGUGGUUCUCGGCAAACAUCUCACUUGAAUUUGACCUUGAAUUGAGACCGUCCUUCGAUAACAACAUCAUAAAGAUGUGUGCACAUAUAAGCAUCAUUGUGGAGUUCUGGCUGGAGAAAGACGAGUUUGCCCGGAGGGAUCUGGUGAUAGGCAAAUGCGAUGCAGAGCCCAGCAGUGUCCUUGUGGCCAUCCUCACUGAGGCUAUCCCACCAAAGAUGAAUCAGUUUCUCUACAACCUCAAAGAGAAUCUGCAAAAAGUUCUCCCACACAUGGUAGAAAGUCAGGUAUGUCCUCUGAUCGGUGAAAUCCUCGGGCAGCUGGAUGUGAAACUGUUGAAAAGCCUCAUAGAACAGGAGGCUGCUCAUGAACCAACCCACCAUGAAAGCAGCCAACCCUCUGCAUGCCAGGCUGGAGAGUCCCCCAGCUGACUACUGCUGAUCAGAAGGAAAGUCCACAUCUUGCGACCUUAAGUCUCCCUUAGAGUGGGGCUUCUGCUACCCUAAAAACUUUACCCCAGGCCCUGUGGACACCCCAUCCUCUCCUACAAUAAACUCUAGCUCUGAA